ACCACUUUUCUACUGGUUGCAGGAGCCAAACCUGCUAGUUUUGCCACAGAGAUCUACCUCAUCAUCAGGCCUGAUCCCGGUCCCAUCUCUUCUUCAUGUGGGCUUUUGCACGUAACACCUGAACGCACUGUCCAGCGAGGGACGGCAUUUUCAAGUCCAAGAGAAGCAGGUGACAAGUUCAUUCUCUUGGCCACCAUGGCAGAAAAUAAUUAUAGCUGGUGGAAACUGACCUUCCUUCGAAAGAAAAAAUCCACCCCAAAAGUUUUAUACGAAAGCCCCGAUAUCUAUGCUGUUGCCAACAAUGAGAAUCAGCAAGAGGAGAUACCGGCAGAUGGGAGCAGUGCAGGAAGCAGUGACCGGGAAUUCAGUGCCCGGCUAGAGAAGAUUGUGGACAAAAGCACCAAAGGGAAGCAUGUCAAAGUUUCCAAUUCAGGGCGCUUCAAGGAAAAGAAGAAAGUACGGGCUACCUUGUCAGAAAACCCCAACUUUUUUGUUGAUGGAGAAUGGGAUGAGAAAUGAGGACUGUUUGAAGGAGAGAUGCACUUUAUAAACACCCACUACUUGAGGACGCUUCUCUGAUUGUGAGAAGCCGACUAGGCAUUCAUUUUGCAUUAAGUUUAUAAAUGAAGUUAAUGAGGGGCUAUCUGGCUCCAGGAUCAGGUCCUGAUUUUCACAUGAGAAGGAUUAACUUUAUUGUUGUUGUUCUUUACUUCUUUUUUUAAUUUA